CGUCUGUCUGGUAGGCGGCGUCAUGAAUCAUGACCCUCCGCGGACACCGUAGCUGAUGUAUGGCCCUAAGGGAUCAUGUUCAAGGUGACAGGUGGUGCCAUGCCGGGAGCCGCGCGCGUGCUGCCGCUCGUUUGGGCUGCUGAAGCUACAGAUGGCGGGGAGAAGGAGCCCGCGGCCCCGCUAAAGCUGGAUGACCUGUCCCUGUACAGCGCUCCGGAGAAGCCUCUCUAUGUGGAGCCGGCGGCGGGACAGCUGGAGGAGCAUGUCGCCACCCUCAGGAAGUUAGUUGAGCCCUACACGGGAUGGUGCCAGGUCACCUACGGUAAACUGAAACCCAAAAUGGAGAAGCUCGUGCAGUCCGGAAACGACUCGUACGUCUACCUGCAGAACCAUCCCAAGGACUUCUACGCGCGGGCGGGAAUCAUCGGCUUCACGGGCGUCCUCGGAUUAUUCCUCGCAAGAGGCUCUAGGGUUAAGAAGUUAAUCUACCCCGCUGGUCUGAUGACCCUCACCGCCUCCAUGUACUACCCGGAGGAGGCGGUGACCAUCGCUAGGUCGACCGGGGAUGCGGUGUACGGAUACGCGGUUCGGGGCUUCGCUGCGGCGGAGAAGAUCUUCAGCCCGCAGAGCAAAGACGGAAAGAGCGGCAAGACAGAAGCGAAACCAUGACGGACGGACGGACCGGAUGUCACCACGCAGCAAUAACGGAUCCCUCAGCAGCAGCUUUUCUAAUAGAUGGACCCGGACGGGUUCACUCUGUCUGCACUAUUCCUCAUGCUUUACUCAGGCCAGACUUUGCCUUUAAUGAUUUACCUCUGCUUCUGAUUGGAAUGUAUAUUUAAUGUAAAAGGAGAUCAAUAUUUUGCUUUGGAUAAAAAUACUUGAAACACUUUAACUCUAUUUCACAUGCUGUCUACUGUUACAUAAAUAAGAGGGGAAAACCUACAGUACAAACCAAAAAAGAAAGUAAAUAUAUUGAAAGUAUUGUUUCCUAAUGAUUUAUCACUUUAUUACUGUAUACUGAGAGUUUUGUGCGUUUGAGCGAAUCUUCUUUACAAUCUGCAAUAAGAAAUAAAGUCCUUCAAAACAGAAAA